CGAGACUCGGGCGCGUCAGCAGGAUUUAAGAUUCAGAAUGCCGAAACCAAAUGCCGGAAUGUUAGGACUGGACAAACGACCGGGCAAGGCGGUUGUCGUUUUAUUGGAAAAUCUGGGCGGGUGGCGCAUAGUAUCCGUGGUCGUAACUGGCCUAGUGAAGCCAUAUACGAAGAUCAGGUUGGAAUCCUUCAACCCUGUGGGCUGAUGUGUAUAAAGACACAAUGCCCGACCUCUUGUAAACCCUGUUUGUUUGAUCACGCAGGCAUCUCGACAAUCUCGUACGUUUUUGACAACAUCCAGCCUUCACCAGCACUUCAGCAAUCAUGAAGUUCAGCCUCAUCAUGAUCAUGGCCGUCUCGGCCCAGGCGCAUAGUAUUUUCCAGAAACUCUCUGUCAACGGAGUAGAGCAGGGACAGCUCGUGGGACUCCGUGCCCCUAGCCAACCCAACCCCGUCUACGACGUCUGGGACCAGCAGCUCGCCUGCGGCCUCCCCGGCACUCGGUCGAACAAGGUCAUCAACGUCAAGGCCGGCGACAGGAUCGGUGCUUGGUGGGGCCAUGUCAUCGGCGGCCCCCAGUGGCCCAACGACCCGGACCAUCCGAUCGCUUCUUCCCACAAGGGGCCCAUCUCAACGUACAUGGCCCGGGUCGACAAUGCGGCCACGACAUCCCCCAACGGGCUCCGGUGGUUCAAGAUCCACGAGGACAGCUUCAACCCUUCCACGGGCAAAUGGGGCGUGGAUAACAUGAUCGCCAACAAGGGCUGGUCGUACGCCAUCAUCCCCUGGUGCUUGGCUCCAGGACACUAUCUCCUGAGGCAGGAGUUGCUGGCGCUGCACUCGGCUUACAGCAACAUGGGUGCUCAGUUCUAUCAGUCUUGCGCCCAGCUCAACGUUUCGGGCGGAGGAUCCUUUGUUCCGAGCCAGACGGUCAGCAUUCCGGGCGCUUAUGCGCAGAAUGACCCCGGCGUCUUGAUCCAGAUCUGGGUGAACGGCAUUCCGGAUAAUGGUCGCAAGUCUUAUACUGCUCCUGGGCCCCGUCCCAUGACCUGCCCGGCUUGAGUAUUGGAGCGGGCUACCCUGCACUGUACUCUUGGGGAGACGGUACUCAGCUCCCUUUGGAGGAACUACCUUAGAUGUGGCUUGCACGUUGCGAAUCGUUAGUUUUGACCUUAGUAGCGGUAGCCUCAUUCAAUAAAGUGUUUUCUCC